CAUUCCUGGUACGUGGCUGUUCCCGCAGGAUGAAGGAGUGGUGGGUGCAGGUGGGGCUGCUGGGGGUGCCCCUCCUGGCCGUGUACCUGCACCUCCCCCCGCCCCAGCCCUCCCCCCCUCUGCGCUCCUGGAGAGCCUCCGGAACCUUCUUCACCUACAAGGGCUGGAACAUCUUCUACAGAGACUCGGGCGGCGCCGUCGGAAGCUCCGACGUCGUGAUCCUGCUGCACGGAUUCCCGACUUCCAGCUACGACUGGAGCAAGAUCUGGGAAGGGCUGACCCAGCGCUUCCACCGGGUGAUUGCUCUGGAUUUCCUGGGAUUUGGCUUCAGCGACAAGCCCAGGCCCCACCGCUAUUCCAUCUUCGAGCAGGCCAAUGUCGUGGAAGGGCUCGCGCGGCACCUCGGCCUCCAGCGCCACCGGAUCAACCUCCUGGCCCACGACUACGGGGACACGGUGGCCCAGGAGCUGCUCCACAGGUACGAGCACAAUAAAACCGGGAGCAUCCUGAUCAACAGCCUCUGCUUAUCCAACGGAGGGAUUUUUCUGGAAACAUACCACCCCAGGUUCAUCCAGAAGCUCCUCCAGGAGGGGGGUUUGCUGUCCCCCCUCCUGCUGCGCCUGAUGAACUUCUUCUUCUUCUCCAGAGGGCUUGGAGCAGUUUUUGGGCCCCACACACAACCCUCGCAGGCGGAAUUCUGGGAUAUGUGGACGGCGGUGCGGAAUAACGACGGGAAUCUCGUCAUGGACAGUGUUUUGCAGUACAUCAACGAGAGGAAGCAGCACAGUGACCGCUGGGUCGGGGCUCUGGUGUCGACCUCUGUGCCACUGCAUCUCAUCUACGGCCCCCUGGACCCCGUGAAUCCACACCCGGAAUUUCUCCAGCUUUACAGGAAGCUGCUUCCCAUGUCCACAGUGUCCGUGCUGGACGACCACAUCAGCCACUAUCCCCAGCUGGAGGAUCCCACAGGAUUCCUGAACUCGUACCUCAACUUCAUCAACUCCUUCUGAGCUGCUGCCGCUCCAGUUCUCGCCCUCUGCUUCCCAGUCAGGCUUUGGGGGGCAGGAAAAAACCUUGGCUUUACCUCCCAGAGCCAACACUUUGAACUCAGGGCUGCACUCGGGCAGUUAAACCCUUUGGAACAUUGGGAAAACAUCAGGGAGGUGUGGGAAAAGCAAAGAGUUCCGGGAUGCCAACAGCUCUCCCACCUUCUGGACCGGCCUAACCCUGGAUUUAGAGAUGAACUCAGCAUUAAAUCAGUGUUUCUUCCUUCCUUCCUCACCCUGGCUUGGUAAAGAAACACCAGCUCAGGAGCAGAGAGGUCCCUGUGUCCCCUCCCCUUCCCAGUUUUUGCUAUGGGAUGUUUCCCAUUCCAGCCCAGUACAGGCUGCACCGGUGUUGGGAAUUACCUGACAUAAAUCUGCCUCAGGAGAUGAAGUUCCAUCUCUUUUGCACGUGGAUUUUCCCACCAGGAAGAACCACGAAGACACCGUCAACCUGCAGGUUUCCCUGUGGUUUUUUACCAGCCUAUGUUGGGAAUUUAAUUUGGGAAUAAGGGGCUUUUUUUGUUGAACAAAAUGGGCUGGUUUUUAAUUUUCCUGCGCUGAAAACCAGGCAGAACCAGAACAAGAAAUUUCUAUUUUAUUAACAGCGAUUCGUAGGAACCCCGCUGCUCCAACCAGGGUUUAUUUUCUGGUAAUAAAAACUGAUUUUGGA